CAGGCGUGACUGUGACUACAAAGAAAAACUGUCUUCUUCUCCUGUCUCUCCAUCUGCUGUCCUCAUCAGUCUUCCAUAAUCUUUGGAUGCCCAAGAAAGAAUCUUGAAGCUCAUAGUCAUUCGUAUCAACACCGCAAAAAUGGUCUCACUCUACAAUGCCUCCAUCCCCAUGAUGCUCAAAUACCUAGGCAACCUCAAAGUCAUCCUCACAAAAGCCGAGCAGCACUGCAACGCCAAAGGUCUCAAUCAAGAAGAAAUGAUCAAGUUCAGACUCAUCGAAGAUAUGCGGAGCCUCGACUACCAAGUCCAAUCAAUCUCAAACACCUCAAAGUUCCUCGCCACCCGCGUCUUCCACGCCAAAGACACCUACUUCCCAGACGACGAAACAACCUUUCCCCAACUCCAAUCCCGCGUCGACGCCACAGUCGCCAUCCUCGCUGCCCUCACGCCAGAGACCUCCUCCAGCCCCAACCCCAACCCCAGCCGCGAGGAGGAGGAGCAGGAGGAGGACGGCGACCGAGAAAUCCUCAUGGAGACAAGAUCAAUGGGCACCUUCCGCUUCACAGCCUACUCCUACGUCAUCCAGUACGCCUGCCCAAACUUCCACUUCCACCUCGGCUCCGCCUACUGCAUCCUCCGCCACCUCGGCGUGCCCCUGACGGCCUUUGAUUACCUCGACACGCAGCGGGACCUGUUCAUCAAGGCAGAGGAGGAGAAGAAGCCAGAGGAGACUUCUGCCUCAUAGAGAGAGGCGUAGAACUUUACGGGGUGGUGGGGGAGGUGCCGUAGACUGCCCACCAUUGCCUGGGUAUCCCAACGUAGUCAUCCACUCACCAUUGGAUCGCAGUUGAGCGUCUGAUGGGUCCGAGAAGUGAUAAAGCAUCACCAAAAAUACAUACAACACCGGGCAUUCGCUGGUCGUCUCCGACCCAACUACUACUCCGGCCCUCACCGGUUUAUCGAUGGGAGAGCGGACGGGAUCCCGAGUUCUCCGGUGGGUGUGGUCGUAUGUGAUCGAACGGAGGCGUAUUUCGUUCAUGUUCCCUAGCUGGAGUCAGAAGGAAGACAACAGAGGAAAACAAGC